UUAAAAGACUGUUUCAUCUGCCUGAGUUGCACUCUGGUGGGAGCCAACAUGGAGAGAGCUGUGGUGCAAAUCACCCUCAUUGGGCUGCUGCUUGCUUUGGUUACCACCCUUCCAAACAAGGACGACUGGGACAUCUACAGCUUUCACAUCAACUCCACAGUGAACAGUCGUUAUGCCACCACUGUCAUCACAAGCCGUGUGGCCAAUCGUAUGGAUGUAUCAAAGGAAAUAGAAUUCCAGGUCCGGAUUCCCAAGAACGCCUUCAUCAGUAAAUUUAAAAUGUUGAUAGAUGGCCAGGAGUAUGAUGGUGUUGUGAAAGCUAAGGAGCAAGCUAAACGGCAGUACACUCAGGCUGUGUCACGUGGCCAAAGUGCUGGGCUUGUCAGUUCUGUAGGGAGGACCCUUGAGGAAUUUAAGACCUCUGUGACUGUGGCUGCUCACAAAAAAGUCACCUUUGAGCUCACAUAUGAGGAACUGCUGAAACGUAGGCUUGGCAAGUACGAGCUCCAGAUCCAUGCUCGACCCAUGCAGCCUGUCAAAGACUUCAAGGUUGAUGUGUACAUUAAUGAGAAUGCUGGCAUCAAGUUCAUCGAUGUUAAAGGAGGACUAAGCACCAACGCCAUGGCUAAUGCAAUCACAAAAACACAUGUCGAUAAACAGGCGUGGGUGUAUUUCUACCCAACAGAGGACCAACAGAAAACAUGUGAUGGCUGUGGAGAUCAGGGUAUGAAUGGAGACCUAGUUAUUGUUUAUGAUGUCAACAGGGACACCUCACUGGGAGACAUCAAGAGAUCAGCUGGAUACUUUGUUCAUCACUUUGCUCCAUCUAAUCUUCCCCCCAUACCAAAAAAUGUUGUCUUCAUCAUUGAUCAAAGUGGUUCAAUGCAUGGCAGGAAAAUGUCACAGACCCGCAUAGCAUUAAUUCAUAUCUUAAAUGACCUGGCAGAAGAUGAUCACUUCGGUCUUAUCACUUUUGAUAGUGACAUUUUUCAUUGGAAACGAGAACUUGUUCAGGCCAACAAAGAAAACCUGAACAGUGCCAAGACAUUUGCACGGGGCAUUACUGAUAGAGGAGCAACUGACAUUAACAGAGCAGUGUUGGAAGGAGCACGUAUGCUGAAUGCACAUCCCAGAGAAGGUUCAGCAUCUAUCCUCAUUCUUCUCACUGAUGGAGACCCAACUGCAGGGGAGACAAAUCUCGAAAGAAUACAGUCAAAUGUAAGAAGGGUUAUCGCAGACAAAUUUCCACUCUACUGUCUCGGUUUUGGUUUUGAUGUCAAUUUUGAGUUCCUUAAGAAGAUGUCGCUGCAGAACAAUGGUGUGGCACGACGGAUUUAUGAAGACUCUGAUGCUGAUUUACAGCUGACGGGUUUCUAUGAAGAGGUGGCCACUCCUCUGUUGACAGAUGUGACAAUGAUCUAUAUUGGAGCCAACAAUCUAACCCAGACUAACUUCAGCCAAUAUUAUAAUGGCUCUGAGAUUGUGGUGGCUGGUCAGAUCACAGACAACGAAAUUGAAACCUUUACUCCACAAGUUAUUGCCGUUUCGACCAGUAAAAGAGUGGUGUUUUCUGAAACAAACACCACUGUGGACUCCACUGGAACAAUGUCUGACAGCCACAUCCAGAGGGUUUGGGCCUACCUCACAGUCAAACAGCUUCUGGAAAAAGAACUGCAGUUAUCUGGACCUGAGAAGGAGAACGUGAAGAAUGAGACCUUGAGGCUAUCACUGAAAUAUAGCUUUGUGACCCCACUCACAUCCAUGGUGGUCACCAAGCCCCAAGGGGAGAACACAGAUGUGCUCCAUAAACCAAAAGAAGGUGAAAGACAACUGUCAGGGCUACCUUUUGGUCAACCCCUUGGCAGGCAAACCCCUUGGACAAGUUUAAGUGCAAGGCAAGGUUUAUCUCCAGCACAACCAGGACCGCCUGGACCGCCUGGAUCGCCUGGCAGGACAGGACAAGGUUUUGCCGUCACCAGACUGUUGACUCCUCAAGGAAGUGGUCAGUUUCGCACUUUUGGAUAUGUUGCCUCUCAAGAUCCCAGUGGCAUCAUUCCACAAUUACAGCAUCGUCGAAGGCAUCCCAAAGUGGAUAUGGAUAUAGCGUAUACAAUCUUGCCCACCUAUGAGCCAGUCAUUGCACCAAGCUAUGCUCCUCUUUACCACAGGUUUUUGCUUAAAACUGUGAAUCAGUCUCUUCCGCUAUGCUUUGACGUCAGUGGAGAUGUUGGCCUUAAACUUUUUCACCAUCCCAACAAGGAGCUGUCUGUGAACGGUGAGCUUGAUUCAGUAAAGCAUGGAGGUUUCAAAAGGAUUGUCAUCCACGUAAAGCCUGACCAGCAUAUUGAGGUUGACGCUGCUGGAAUCACUGUACGAGACGGACAGAGAGCAACAUCUCACACUGGACAGGAUCUCUUGACCAUUGGAAGUGUGACAGUGAUCAGAAGGAACAAGGAAAUAGAUGUUGCAGUUGGAGACUCACGCAUGGUCAUCUUAGUCCAAGAGAAAGAUGGCCAAGAAUUCCUCUGGCCGGUUUUAAGACAGUGGCCAUCGAACACCAGCGUGACAGGAAUUUUAGCUCUAAAGCCAGCAGUUUAUGAGGAGGUGCAACAAACUCCCAUAAGAAAACUUAAGAUCAACAACCAGGACAUUUUUGUAACCAGAUCCACUGCUGUUGACUACAGUAUUGUCUCUUCCCCGACUCUGGACUGCUGGCUCCUGUCUGCUGAGUCUGCCCUGCAGAGACCCCUGGAAGAUUUCAUCGUUUCUCAGAUUUAACUGGGAAACAUGUCGAAUCACUUGCAAAGAUUUAAUUUAAAAGAAAAUAAGGCAAAAACUAAUUAAUCUUGGAAAAUAAUUUCCACCUCUUACUAACAUAAGCAAAUAAACGGUAUCCCAGAUUUUUUUGUUGUCUUGUA